GCUCUUCCCCCCAUCGCAACACUCCCCUCGACUGCCCGCUGCGUCCGCCUUCCCACUCCACCUCGCACACCUUGCCACCGCGCUUCCCAUUCCCCCAGUAACACACACGCGACUCCAUCAUGCUCGAAGCUCGCAUGGCCCAGGCGUCGACGCUCAAGAAGGUGCUCGACGCCGUCAAGGACCUGAUCACCGACGCCAACUUUGACUGCAACGAGGAUGGCAUCCGCAUGCAAGCCAUGGACAACUCGCACGUCGCCCUCUCCUCCAUCGAGCUGCGCCGCGAGGGCUUCGAGCCGUACCGCUGCGACCGGCCGAUGAGCAUCGGCAUCAGCCUCGCCGCCCUCACCAAGAUUGUGCGCAGCGCCGACAACAACGACACGCUCACCAUGCGCAAGGCCGACGACGGAGACAGUCUGGGCUUGAUGUUUGAGAGCACCAAGUCGGACCGCGUCGCCGAGUACGACAUGAAGCUGAUGGACAUUGAUUCGGAGCAUCUCGGCAUUCCGGACACGUCGUACGACGCCGUCGUCAAGAUGUCGUCGUCGGAGUAUGCGCGCAUCUGUCGCGAUCUCUCCGUCGUGGGUGAGAGCGUCAAGAUCGACGUCUCGAAGGACGGCGUGGGCUUCUCUUCGGAGGGCGAAGUGGGCGCUGCGAAGCUCACGCUCAAGCAGGGAGCAGGCAGUGCGGUGCAUGCCAACGACGACGACGAGGAGGAGGAGGACGAGGAGUCGAAGCCAAAGGGCAAGAAGCGAAAGGCGGGCGCGGCGAGUGGCGCAGAGGAGAGUGUGCCCGUCGAGAUUCAGCUGCAGCAGAGCGUCAGCUUGACGUUCAGCCUCAAGUACCUCUCGCUCUUUGCCAAGGCGGCGCCGCUCUGCAAGGGUGUCGCGCUGCACAUGAGCAAUGAAGUGCCGCUGCUGUGCGAGUUCGCCUUCGAGGAUGGACACGUGCGCUUCUAUCUCGCGCCCAAGCUGUCCGAGGACGACGAGUGAAGCCGCUUUCGCGUCUCUUUCCUCCCCCUCCUCACCCAGCCAGCCAUCAUCUUUCACACAUGUACUACCUCUCGUUCUCGCGCCGCUUCGCUCUCGGUCACAAGCAUCUUUCUUCCACCGCGACGCGAAACCGAGAGAAAGACGAAGGGACUACGAGGCGAAACGGAGAAGAGCCAGAGGGAGAGGCGAAGAGGGAGAGACUGGGCAUUCGGAUUGCUGCA